CACAUAACUUGGGAGAGCCGAGCUCGGGUGUCAUUGCGAGGUUGUCUGCAAAGUCUCCGGUCUCAACUGGAGACGGUGAUUGGCGGAAGUUCUAGCCUCCAAUCUGUUGACUUUACGCUUCCUCCGAGUUCCGCCAUCCGGCCAUUGGGUUGGCCGAAUCUGACACUCGACGCAAACACAUGCCGGCGCAGGCUCUCGGUGGCGGAGCUCUCCAAUCAAGCGGGCAUCAGGCCAGAGCUCAGUAAAAGUUCAAGCCUCCGCCGCAAAUGUAAGCAUCGCGAACGUCUGGAAGGAGAUUUCGCUAGCCUCAGCGACCCGUUGGUAAGGUCGUCGGCAAGAGGACAAUUGCCAAAUGGCGCUGGACAUGACAAACUUUCCUCGACGGUCUGCGAACGCUGUCCAGCAUGCAAUGUGGCCUAUUUCACCGCAGCCAUGAGGCCUGAUGUGUGA